UUGACUCUGCACAUGGACGUCUCGUCCACUUCGCCUCGCUAGUGUAACGUUAGUUGUUUAAGUUGCGUUAUUAGGCGGACAGGAAAGCGGAACUAGCCAAGCAGCUAGCUAGUAGCACUUUAGCUAGUUUAACGAGUUGCUCUCCGGGUGUUACCCUGUUUAGGAUACUCGAACCCAACCAACUUUACUGACAAUGCCACAGAAUAUUGAACUUGGUGCCAAAGGAGGAGCCUCCAAACAAGACGGCAUCAGGAUGGAAGACAUGAGUGUGGAACAGAUGACAGCGAGGGCCAACCAAGUGACCGACGAGUCACUGGAAAGCACACGGAGGAUGCUGCAGAUGGCCGAGGAGAGCAGACAGACGGGCGUCAACACCAUGGUGAUGCUGGACCAGCAAGGAGAGCAGCUGGACCGCGUAGAGCAGGGAAUGGAUCAGAUCAACCAGGACAUGAAACAGGCUGAGAAACACCUCACCGACCUCUCAAAGUGCUGCGGCCUCUGUACCUGCCCCUGUGACAGAGUGACAUCUAUUGAAAAUGACUCACGAUACAAGCGUACCUGGGGGACUGGAGAAAGUGAGGGCGAUAGUGAACGUGGACCUAAAGUGGUUUCUAAACAGCCCUCUGCUGUUCACAAUGGCCAGGCCGGCCCAUCAAACACCUCUGCUGCGCCUUCAGGCCCAUACAUCAAAAGGAUAACCAAUGAUGCACGUGAGGAUGAGAUGGACGAAAACCUGGACGCUGUCGGCAGCAUCAUUGGCAAUCUGAGAAGCUUGGCUGUGGACAUGGGCAAUGAGAUUGACAAGCAGAACAAACAGAUUGAUCGCAUUACUGACAAGGCGGACAUUAAUAAAUCUCGCAUUGAGGAAGCCAACCAGAGAGCCAACAAGCUCAUCAAAUAGACAAGGAAACCUGCUUGUGUCCUUUUUAUCAAUCCUGAGCCUCCAACUCCCACACACUUACACUCAUGCACAUGCUCAAACACGGUCUUUGCAAAAACAAUCCCAACUUUACAUUGUCAAAAAGGUUUGUCUUCCUUUAUUCAAAGUGCUCUUAUCCAUUAUAUGCAUUAGAAACAGCACGUACCCCUAAACGGUGAUUGUAAUUGUAAUAGCUGGUUGGAGCGUGAGCAUCGAUGCCUGCUUGUUUGAUCAAAUAUGCACCAGGCUCAUUAUUUCUCUAAACAAACAGAAGAAUGAACCCGUACUCGUUAGCUUUCUGUCUGUGAACUAGCACAGAUUUAAUUUCUAGAUCACCCUGAGUGUCAUGUCCUGACACUUCAUUCUCUUCCUCACGUCAUUGACUCACUGGUUUCAAUCAUUCUAUCAAGCAGAAAUGACUUGUGAAUAAACUCUCAUUUUAUUACCUUGUUCCCAAGUCAUUUAUGCUUUUUUGCAUGUAAAACAAUAUAUUUAAACAUCCAGAGCACCAUGAGUGCAAGUAACUUAAUGUAUUCUCACUGAUGGCUAGUCAUGGUUGUUGGAAAUGUUUUCUGAAAUAUUGUACACACUGCCUGAAAUUUAAUAUAUACAGUAGUUAGUAGAGUUUCUUCAAAUGGGUUAGUCGGUAUCAUAAGAACGUUCAUCUUUACCUCCGACAAAUCUUUUUGGGUUUUUUUCUUUUCAAAUGCUGAAUAUAGGAGAGUGGUUGAAUAACUGUAGGUUUGUCAUGAGAGAAUCAACUGCUGGACUUUAUAUUUAGUCUUUUGAUGUUUUUCACUCAGAUAGCAGUGUUGAUGUAAAUACAGAAACAAACUUUAACUUCUCUUAAUCCUCCUCAUUCUGAAACUAAUUGCAUUGUUUUGUUACCUUACCGCCUGGUUAAAAGGGAUUUACGGCAGAGCAAAUUGAUAGCUAAUGUACGAUUCCUACACCAUGUACUGGUAAUGUGAGAACAAAUUAUAGUUUAAUUUAAAAAAACAAAAAAAAAAACAACGCAACCUUUAAUUUCAAAAUGGGAGACUGUUCAGGAACCCUGGCAGUUCACUGGUCUAUGGUUGUGUUUUAACAGCCAGUAUAUUGAUCAACCCUGUUCUCAGCGAAGAGCUACAGGAAAAUAUUAUUGAUGCUCAAAAUCAUCUUUGUGUCAGAGUUGUAGUCGAGCUGAGAAAAUACCAAAGGCAAGAUGCAAAGCAGUGAAUGAAAGUUAGGAGCAACUGGGGAGACACAACAAGUGCUGAAGAGCUCUAAGACGUUAAGCAUCUACUGGUUAAUUUGAACGGAAUGUGACUGGUGUGUUCUGGUUCAUGCAUACGUCUGUGGAGUUGGUAAAGAUCGAAUGAACUGUUAUUCAGGGCUUGUUACUUAUGUGAUUAUGGUCAGCUGAGGUGUAAUUAGUCUAGCUUAAUGCUGCCUCACUGUCUUGAUGUUGUUUAUAUGCCGUUUUACCAACAGCUACUGGAAUGUAAAUAACUUUUGUUUAUUGCUCCCGUUCAUAUUCACCUUGUCUUUGUGAAUUUAGCUUAAUGACUUUAAAGUACAAAUGCUCUUUAUUUACUCCCAUCUCUGUUCAAUUGUUUGUAUUCAAUAAACAGUUUAUGUUUUAA